AAGUCACGAGAUCUGUAUCAAUUUAAAAAGAGCGUUCACUGUUGGCAAUGUGCUUGCUGUCUUGAUAAACUACAUAGCCUACGUAACAAGUGAUAAUUCGAAAUGGUAGUCUAUUGCUAGCCUAGCUAACGUUACUUGCAAGUGGUGAAUAGUAUUGUGCUGGGGUUAGUUAACAAACGGAAAACAGCUGGCUAGCUAGCUAUGUGUGUACUUCUGAAUUAAAGCAUAGCUUGCACAUUUAGUUAUCUGGCUAGCAUUGGCCAUGUUGGCUACGCUACCGACGCUCGACUUUAGCUAGCUUAACGCUAGCACCUUUAGACUGAGAUGAUCGGCUGUGCAUGUUUGAACCAGUCUAACUUUCUAUUUAAUGUAUUUUUCACGACACACAUCGAAUGUCUGAGAAGUUUGUCGAAGUCGACAGGCUUCGAGCCCAGCUGCAAAAUAACCGGUCAGGUGAAUUAUUUCAACAAGAGACAGAGAUAACCAGUCAGGACGUUCUGUCGCGCAUCGAAAAAGUUAUUCUGGAAAUAAUAACAAGUCUGACGAAAGAGGAGGCGCCAAUGUUGGUCUUUCAAAACAGAUCAAGUUGGGCUAAUAUAAGGUUUGACAGUGCUGUUGGUCUUCACAUGGGUCCAGACAGCAAUACUGUCAACACUAUCAGAAGUGACUGCUCUGCAUCUGUUAACAGAUUUGCAUUGACCCUGAAGGUCUUGUCUGCAGUCUAUAAACUUGUGCAAAGCAACACCUAUGCCACCAAAAGGGAUAUCUAUUACAACGAUACCCAGCUUUUUGGGACUCAGAGGACUGUGGAUUCCAUUGUAGAUGAUAUUUCCUGUAUGCUCAAGGCCCCUCGCAGGAGCCUACACGUGCUUGCAACGUCUAAGGGAUUCCUCUCUGGUGAUCUCAGCUACAUGGAGGAAGAUGGCACAAAAGUGAACUGCAGCUCCAGAGUGACUGCUAUGUCAGUUUCAUCCAAUGUCUGUGGAAUAAAGAAUAUUUCGUCACAGGCAAAGUUUGUUUUAAUUGUUGAAAAAGACGCAACAUUCCAGAGGCUUCUGGACGACGGGUUCUGCAGUAGGCUGGCUCCAUGCAUCAUAAUUACAGGGAAGGGUGUCCCAGAUGUCAACAGCAGGCUGAUGGUGAAGAAGCUGUGGGAUACCCUCCAUGUUCCCAUCUUCGCUCUGGUGGAUGCAGACCCACAUGGCAUUGAAAUAAUGUGUAUCUACAAGUAUGGAUCUGUGUCCAUGUCCUUUGAAGCUCAGAAUCUCACCGUCCCAAGCGUGAUGUGGCUGGGCCUCCUCCCGUCUGAUAUUGAGAGACUGAGGGUUCCAAAGGAUGUCCUGAUUCCAUUCACAAAGAAGGAUGAGAGCAAACUGACAAGCCUGCUAAAGCGGCCCUAUAUUGUCUAUCAGCCUGCAUGGGAAAAGGAGAUGGAGAUGAUGCUGAAACUGAGACAGAAAGCUGAAAUACAAUCCCUGACAUCAUUAGCUCCAGACUUCCUCACUAGUGUGUACCUGCCAAACAAACUGCGAUCUACAAUGAGCUUGUUUGGGGCAAGUUCUGGUUUUGGAGCUGGAGGCAGCAGUGUAUUUGGUAGUGCAACAACGGAUAGCCACAAUCCCAUGAAGGAUGUUGAGGUCACCUCCCCUCCUGAUGACAGUAUCAGCUGCCUGGCUUUCAGCCCUCCAGCCAUGCCAGGGAACUUUCUUAUUGGUGGCUCCUGGGCCAAUGAUGUGCGGUGCUGGGAAGUGCAGGACAAUGGGCAGACCGUCCCCAAGGCUCAGCAGAUGCACACAGGCCCUGUUUUGGAUGUCUGCUGGAGUGAUGAUGGGAGCAAGGUCUUCACUGCCUCCUGCGACAAAACUGCCAAAAUGUGGGACCUUAACAGCAACCAGACAAUGCAGAUAGCUCAGCAUGAAGCACCCAUUAGAACUGUCCACUGGAUAAAAGCACCCAACUACAGCUGUGUCAUGACAGGAAGCUGGGACAAAACUCUUAAGUUCUGGGACACGCGGUCCCCGAGCCCCAUGAUGUUCUUACAGCUGCCGGAACGGUGCUACUGCGCCGACGUGGUGUACCCAAUGGCAGUGGUGGCUUCGGCGGAGCGCGGGCUAAUUGUGUACCAGCUGGAGAACCAGCCCUCGGAGUUCCGCAGGAUAGACUCCCCGCUCAAGCAUCAGCACCGCUGUGUGGCCAUCUUCAAGGACAAGCAGAACAAACCUACUGGCUUUGCCCUGGGGAGCAUCGAGGGACGGGUGGCCAUACACUACAUCAACCCCCCAAAUCCAGCCAAGGACAACUUCACUUUCAAGUGCCAUAGGUCCAACGGAACCAAUACGGCAACUCCACAAGAUAUUUAUGCUGUGAACGCCAUCUCGUUUCACCCUGUCCAUGGGACCCUGGCCACCGUGGGGUCAGACGGGCGCUUCAGCUUUUGGGACAAAGAUGCUCGGACUAAGCUGAAGACGUCUGAGCAGCUGGACCAGCCCAUCACCGCCUGCUGCUUCAACAACAACGGCAAUAUCUUCGCCUACGCAUCCAGCUAUGACUGGUCAAAGGGACAUGAGUACUACAACCCCCAGAAAAAGAACUACAUCUUCCUGCGCAAUGCAGCGGAGGAGCUGAAACCCCGCAACAAGAAAUGGUGAGAAUGGGCAGCGGCUCCCUCUGUUACCCUGGCAAUGGUGCCAUCGGGGAGUUGCUGCCUUCAUCCCUCCAAUCCUGUCAGUGAUACGUGGUAGUUGCCAGGGACCUCCCAGUAUCCCAUGGGGCUUUGCAUGAAGGGGUUUGUGUUUUUGCUGUUGUAGAAAAGCAGGGAGGCUCGCUCAACCCCGCGUGCAGCAGUGUGCGAGUGCUGACUGGUGCCUGAAGCACAGCUAAGCUCUGAAGAGCAACCGACAGCACGGAAGGGUGUGCUCUAGUAGCUAGAAAUAUACUGCAGGAUGCAGAGCAUAUAGGACAUGCCUGGCCCAGUGUGGGCUAAGUUUGGGAAAAGGAGUAAGUAUGCUGGAAACAGUUUUUACUUGGUGACACUGGGUGUAAGAAGAGCAAUGACAUCUAAUGACCAACAAAAUAACUCACAAUGGUGGUUGCCAGAAAUGUAUCAGGUGGACAAAAACAACCUGAAAUGUUCUCAUGAAUCCUGGAAAAUGUAGCAAAAUAUAGAAAAUGUUAUAAUGUAUAAACAGAAAAUGGUGGUGGGUCUUAGCCAAGUGGUGGGUCUUAACCCGUUGAAAGGGUAGCGAUUGUUAACAUUCACACAAAUUGUUGAUAUUAUUGCAAGCUGUAUUUUUCUCAUUUUUCAUGAAAAGGCCAACAAUAAAAGUCAUUGCAAACGAAACGGACGCCCAAAUGACUGAUUGCUCCCCCUCCUGUCUUUAGAUUCUUCCAGCUGUGUCACAUCUGUUCUGCGAAUCCUGGGUUCGACAAGUGCACAGAAGACCUGCCUUUUUAUGUAUAUACUACAGAGCUUCUUUUGAUUCUCGGCUGGACCAAUGGCGGGGCAUUGCUUGUAAAUGGACCAAUUGGUAAAGGUCUUAAAUCCACUGGCUUUCCCAUUGGUGUGGCCUUUGGUCACAUGAGGACCAGGAGUCUGGCGUGGAUUAUUUUUUAUGUCUGAAUUUGUUUUUGUUUUUUUGCAACCAAAAUAAAUGACUUUUAAUAUGUUUCACUGCUAUUAUGUAAUGUAGUCUUGUACAUGCAUUGUGAAAAAUAAAAGUAAUUGUUCAGUCCUA